GUGAGUGUGGGCGGGACAGCGUGCGCUGGUAGGAUGGGUGCGCGCUGCUGGUAAACAGUCCGGACCGCGUGUGAGACUGAGAAGCAGCGAGAGGAACCGCGGCACCGACUCCCCGGGGCUUCCAGCACGGCUAGCGGCGCCCAGGCAGGCGUUGGAAAGGAUAAGCAAUGAUGGCGGGGGACGCACUGAUGCUGAUGAGAGGCCUGGCCAAGCUGAGCAAGGCUGUACUGGAGGUGCAGGCAGGGCAGCUGCGCCAGCCGACACUUGGAGUCAAUGGCAUUGGAUUUGCCAGGAGUUGGCAGGUAGCAGUGGAGGAGCGUUUCAGUGCUGCUAUGGGAAAGAUGCAGGAGCUGGGCAAGCAGCAAGAGAACCUUGCUGGGCAGGAUAUGGAAACAGAAUACAGCUUCUCUGGGCCGGCAUCGGAGAUUGCUGGCAUGGAGUAUUCCCCGUCUUCCAGCCAGACUCAGGAACUGCACCGCAGUGAGGCAGAUGCACAGAACAUGGAUACAUCUUACAGGAGUCAGGGACAAACAGACAGUACUUUCCAUCCUGACCCGUCGUUUGAAAGGGACAAUGGGGCCUUGUUUGGGGACGUCAGAGACCGCGCCGGCCCUUUUGCAGCAUACGGCCAAAAGAGAGCUUUUCACCAGGACCAUUCCUCUGUCAGUGGGCUGACAGCUGAGGAUAUUGAUAAAGCCAGAGAAGCCAAGAAUAACCCAGCGAACAAGCCUCACAAGCAAAUGCUCAGCGAUCGCGCUCGGGAAAGGAAAGUACCGGUCACGCGGAUUGGAAGAUUGGCCAACUUUGGAGGCUUGGCUGUUGGGUUGGGAAUCGGUGCCUUGGCAGAAGUUGCAAAGAAAAGCUUAAGCCCAAAACCAGACAAUGGCUCAGGCAAGAAGUCCGUCAUGGAUUCCAGCCCUUUCCUGUCGGAGGCCAAUGCGGAGAGGAUUGUACGGACUCUGUGCAAAGUGCGUGGAGCUGCUCUCAAACUGGGCCAGAUGCUCAGUAUACAAGAUGACUCCUUCAUUAACCCCCAGCUGCAGAAGGUGUUCGAGAGAGUGCGGCAGAGUGCGGACUUCAUGCCAAUAAAGCAAAUGAUGAAAACGUUAAACAAUGAUUUGGGCCCCAACUGGAGAGACAAGCUGGAGUCCUUUGAAGAGCGCCCCUUUGCCGCAGCCUCUAUUGGGCAAGUUCACCUGGCCCGGCUCAAGGAUGGGCGGGAAGUCGCCAUGAAAAUUCAGUAUCCUGGAGUAGCUCAGAGCAUCCACAGCGAUGUGAACAACCUCAUGACGGUUCUGAAUAUGAGCAAUGCUCUGCCUGAAGGUCUGUUUCCCGAGCAUCUGAUUGAAGUUCUAAGCAGAGAGCUGGCCCUGGAGUGCGACUACAAGAGGGAGGCCGACUGCUGCAAAAAGUUCAAAGAGCUGCUGCAGGACCAUCCCUUCUUUUAUGUCCCUGGAGUCAUCGAUGAGCUGUGCAGCGGCCACGUCCUCACCACCGAGUUGGUCUCCGGCUUUCCACUCGACCAAGCAGAGGGUCUGAGCCAGGAGACCCGCAAUGAGAUCUGCUACAACAUCCUUGUACUGUGCCUACGGGAACUGUUUGAGUUCCGCUUCAUGCAGACUGAUCCAAACUGGUCCAAUUUCUUCUAUGACCCUCAGCAAAAUAAGGUUGCCUUGCUGGACUUCGGAGCUACCAGGGGUUUCGAUGAGGAGUUCACGGACAUGUACAUUGAGGUAAUCCGAGCAGCUGCUGAUCAAGACAGAGAAAAGCUGUUAAGGAAAUCAGUAGAGAUGAAAUUCCUUUCUGGCUACGAAUCCAAGGCAAUGGAACAGGCGCACUUGGAGGCCGUACUGAUCCUCGGAGAGGCGUUUGCGGCAGAUUCACCCUUCGACUUCGGUUCCCAGAGCACCACGGAGAGGAUCCACCGCCUGGUCCCGAUCAUGUUAAAGCACCGGCUGAUCCCACCCCCGGAGGAAACCUACUCCCUGCACCGCAAGAUGGCCGGCUCCUUCCUGAUUUGUUCCAAACUAAAGUCCGCAAUCAGCUGCAAGGACAUGUUUGAGGAAGCCUACGGCAAUUACUGGAAGGGGAAAAGCAAAUAGGAACCCGCAGGGGGCGCUGUUCAAUGCUAAAGUGCCAUUACUAUAGGAAGAGCCCCCCCGAGUAUUAGCAGCCUAUUAGGAGGUUUCUCUUCUCGUUACUACAAAGACUUCUUUCUACUGCGGCCGCUUGCGGUCUCACAGACGUUGGGCAAUAGUAGGUGGAAAAUGUUUGUUUUUUUGGGGGGGCAUUUUUUUUCUUUUUUUUUUUAAAGACUGAUUUAAAAAAAAUUGAUGCCGUUCUGAGAAUUUUUGGAAAAAAAAAAAGAGAAGCAAAUGAAUCAUGGGAAGCGGAAUCGGUGGCGCUGACGUUGCCGCCAAGGGACCUGUCGGACAGAGGACUCUCUCUAACCUGCAAUGGCAAUUAAUCUGCUUUUCCUCACUGGAGUUUGUUGCAAAUUAAGUCAAAUUAAACGCUUUUGUACCGAGAAA